GGGAGGGCUGGCUUCCCGAGGCUGAAAAGGAAGAGCCCGGCCCCGGUUGCCCCCUCCAAGCGCCGCAUUUCCGAGCCGGGGUUGGUGCUUUUGGAGACAGGCAGGACCAUGGCUCCCUCAUGCCGGAGCUGGCUGGCCAACGAGGGCUGCAAACAUCUGCUCCUGCUGCUCUGGCUGUCUCUCAACGUGGGCCUGUUUUGGAAAACUUUCCGGCUGUAUUAUUGCGAGCCCCAGUAUUACUAUUUGCAUCAGAUGCUUGGGCUAGGAUUGUGCCUCAGCAGAGCUUCUGCAUCCAUUCUUAACCUCAACUGCAGCCUGGUUCUCUUACCUGUGUGCCGGAUUCUUCUUGCCUUCCUUCGAGGUUCUCAAAAGGUGCCCAGUCGAAAAACUAGGAGGCUGCUGGAUAAAAGCAAAACUUUCCAUGUGACGUGUGGUGUGAUGAUCUGCAUCUUCUCAGUGAUUCAUGUUGGUGCUCACCUGGUGAAUGCAUUGAACUUCUCCGUGAACUACAGUGAACAGUUUCUUGCCCUCAAUGUAGCCAACUACCGUGGUGAGGAUCCCAGGAAACUCCUUUUCACAACAGUUCCUGGAUUAACUGGAGUCCUUAUGGUGCUGGUGUUAUUCUUGAUGUCUACAGCUUCUACUUAUGCCAUUCGGGUUUCAAAUUAUGACAUCUUCUGGUAUACCCACAACCUCUUCUUUGUCUUCUACUUGCUGCUGAUGUUGCAUGUUUCUGGGGGAGUUCUGAAAUACCAAACCAAUGUAAAAGAGCAUCCUCCGGGGUGCUUUAAUCCUAACAGGACCAUUCAAGAAGGGAGUCGGUUUGCAGGAGACUUUGAGAAAUCCCACCCUGAAAAUGCUUUGGAACCUUUUCCUCGCCGUUUAGUGGAAAUGGAGCCUCUUCUCAGAAGCAGUAUUGUCUGUAUAGAGGAGCCUAAAUUCCAAGCCCAUUUCCCAGAGACUUGGCUUUGGAUCUCUGGCCCAUUGUGUUUGUAUUGCGCAGAAAGGCUCUACCGCUACAUCUGUAGCAGCAAUAAACCUGUCACAAUCACUGCAGUGAUCAGCCAUGCUUGUGAUGUCCUUGAGGUGCGGAUGAUGAAAGAGGACUUCAGAGCCAGACCUGGACAGUAUGUCAUUCUGCAUUGUCCUGGUGUAUCAUCUGUGGAAAGCCAUCCCUUUACUCUAACACUGUGUCCGACAGCUACCAAAGCAACCUUUGGAGUCCACGUUAAAGUCGUAGGAGACUGGACCGAGAGAUUUCGGGAUCUACUCUUUCUACAUUCCAGCUUGGAUGCUGAGAUUCUGCCAGUCUUCCAUCAGAGGCAUUACCCAAAGUUGUACGUAGACGGUCCCUUUGGCAGCCCCUUUGAGGAAUCCUUCAAUUACGAGGUUAGCCUCUGUGUGGCUGGAGGCAUUGGAGUGACUCCGUUCGCAUCGAUCCUCAACACCCUGCUGGAUGAGUGGGAAUGCUACAAGAUCAGGAGGCUUUACUUCAUAUGGGUUUGCAGAGACAUCCAGUCUUUCCGCUGGUUUGCUGAUUUGCUCUGCAAAUUGCAUCACAAGUUCUGGCAAGAAAACCGACCAGAUUUUGUCAAUAUCCAGUUAUACCUCAGUCGAACAGAUGGGAUACAGAAGAUAAUUGGAGAGAAAUACCACGUGCUGAACCGCCGUCUUUGCAUUGGGCGGCCUCGCUGGAAACUUCUAUUUAAUGAAAUCGCCAAGUGCAACAGACAGAAGACUGUUGGCGUUUUUUGCUGCGGACCCAGCGGAAUUUCCAAAGCGCUCCACAAACUGAGCAACAGUAGCAACCCUUAUGGGACAAGGUUUGAAUACAAUAAAGAAUCCUUCAGCUGAAGAGCUCCAGGCCUUUACAGGCACUGUUCGGAAGACCUGAGUGCAAUUUUCUGAAAACAAAAGAAACAAAGACUCCAGCAUUAGCUGGAUGGCUCAUACCAAAGACUAGCAUAUUUUCUUAAGUAAUUUAUAAUUAUUUAAAAAUUCUAGAAAGGAGAAGAAUUAUGUGAAAUACACUCUACCUGGAUAUGCAAAAAACCCAAAUGUCUUAGAAACUGACAAUUUGUCCAUGCAGAGCUUGAAGUAGCAGAAGGCAAUUAGAGGGAGAUGCGCACAGUUGCUUAUAGGGCUGAUUUCUAAGAUCAGCGCAUGGAACUCUUGAACUUUCUCCACCAAAAUGCUUCAGAUCGCAGAAAAUGGCAUCGGUUGAAUGAGCACUCGACUGAUCAGAUUGGGAGAGAAAUACAUUGGAAGUCAAAUUCUGCCCUAUCCUGGCACACAAAUAAAGCAGCUUUGAAAUAU